CCCUCCGUCCGCUCCUCCUCCUCCUGUGUGUCAGACUGUGAGCCAUGCUUGAACAGACAUGGACAGUUUGUAUUGGUGCGGGAUAUGGAGCGAAGGUCGUGUGUUGUGGCAGGGAGACAUACAGAAAAUAUAUUAAAAAAAACAAAGCUACCAUUGUGACUCGGUAGAGCGAGUUCACGUUGAAAAAAGAAGUUACUGUUUUUUAUGGAUAAAUAAUAAUUCAUAAUGCGGUACAGUGUGGCUGCAGGUAGAGCUCUUGGGGCUGUGAGUCGGGGUGUCGCCAGCGUGUCACUGGCCACCAGCUCCCGGGUUCUGCAGCCUGUUGUUGCCGCCGACACCGACACCAUAGGCUGCAGGAGGUUCCGGUCCACCUCGACGGGUUACAACGAACUAGCUCGCGAGAGAGCCAAGACAGUUACCUCGUUCUACAACCAGUCUGCUAUCGAUAUUUGUGCAGAAAAGCCCUCCGUCCGCCUGACCCCUACCACCAUGCUCUACUCCGGGAAGUCUCCGGAUGGCAGUCAUGUGCUGAGCAGUGCCAAGUACCUGCAGAUGGAGCUGCCUGUGCGCAUUGCGCACCGCGUCAAAGGGUUCCGCAGCCUGCCUUUCAUCAUCGGCUGCAACCCCACAAUCCUGCAAGUGCACGAGCUGUACAUCAGGGCUUACCACAUGCUGUCAGACUUCCCCCCGAUCACUGACCUGGAGGCAGAGGGGCGCUACUGCAAGCUGGUGCGGCAACUCCUGGACGAUCACAAGGACGUGGUGACCAUGCUGGCUGAAGGGUUCAGGGAGAGCCGCAAGCACAUCCAGGAUGAAGCUCUGAUCAGGAAUUUUCUAGACACCACCCUGACAUCCCGUCUGGGAAUCCGGAUGUUGGCAACUCACCACAUUGCUCUGCACGAGGAUAAUCCUGACUUCGUGGGGAUCAUCUGCACUCGCUUGUCCCCAAAGAAGAUCAUUGAGAAGUGGGUGGAUUUUGCUCGGCGUCUGUGUGAGCACCAGUAUGGGUGCUCUCCCCGGGUUCGAAUCAACGGCCACGUGGCGGCUCGCUUCCCCUUCAUCCCCCUCCCGCUCGACUACAUCCUGCCAGAGCUGCUCAAGAACGCCAUGAGGGCAACGAUGGAGAGCCACCUUGACACCCCCCACAAUGCACCUGAUCUGGUGGUGACCAUCGCCAACAACGACAUUGACUUUGUCAUCAGGAUCUCAGACCGCGGAGGUGGGAUCCCUCACAGCAUACUGGACAAGGUGUUGGAUUACCACUUCACCACAGCGGAGGAGAGCAACCAAGACCCCCGCAUGAGCAACCUGUUUGGGAUCAUAACCAACAACGGCCCCCAGUCCGGACCCAUGCACGGGUUCGGUUUUGGCCUGCCCACCUCGGUGGCGUACGCAGAGUACCUGGGCGGCUCCCUCACUGUGCAGUCCAUGCAGGGGAUCGGGACAGACGUCUACCUGCGGCUGAGACACAUCGACGGCAAGGGGGAGAGCUUCCGCAUCUGAGCUGCCAGCGGGGGGUGCUGCACGGGCUGGAGUGCAGCUCUAGAACCGGGGGUCUGAGCCAUCCUCUCACAGCACUGGAGGAGGAGAGAGGCACACUGUGGAGCACGGGGCAGAGCCUGGGGUGGAACCUCUGAUUUAUAACAGUGCCACGUUGCUUCAUUUCCAGAGGAUCUAUCAUACAGACCCCUUAGUGUUUUAAUACUGCUAUUCCUGCCGUCUUCCUCUUCUGAAUGUGUGUGCAGCCUUCGACAGAACUUGAACUGUACAGACAGUAAACACUGAAGCACACACACAACUAGGAACAAGAAAUAAGGCUGCUCAUGUUAAUGAGUGGAUUGGAGGGGGGGGGGGGGGGUUGACGUGUCAUUAUUCAAGUGAUGCCACAUGCCUUUUCAUUUCAGUUAUAUUCUGUGUUCGUGAAACAUAUCUAGAGGUUUAAGCAUAACUGAGUUUGUAUAUAUACAGUUAACCACCACUACAUUAUACUGAUCAGAAAAAUAAAUGGACUGUACAUUACAGUGUUACAUAAUGGAAGUGUAUUGCAUUUCAACACAUUGAGGAAGCUUGACUCUUCCAGCUAUAAUGAUGUUAUAAACUAAAGGAACUGGUCAAAGAGGCAGUUUCUUCUGUCUUUCUUUCUUGUACAGUAUAGCGCACAGAAGGCUGGACUAUGAAAGACUACAGAAAACAGACACCAUGGACUUUUACUUACUGCAGUGCAAUUUGAACUGUGUGUUUUUCUUGGACAACAGUGCCCUCUGCCUGUAUCAAUUGACAAUUGCUAUUGAGCACUUCACUGAAUUGAAUGGUGUUUGUAUCUGAGAAACUGCUGCGCUGUGAGCAAAAGUGCACCCUGCUGGCUCAACUUUGUAAAAGCUCGUUCUCGGAAUGGAAAAGCAGUGUUUAUCAUUACAGGAGAAUACUUUAAUAACUUUUUAAUCAGUUUAGUAAUGAGCUGUUCAUUUGUUUGGUCUGGUUUGGGAUAUCAAAUGACAGCAGACAACUAACACGUGAUUAAGUAAUAUUUUAACACAGGUGGUAUUAAAUUGUAUUUUAUGGCCAAAUUGGCCAAAUUAAUUAUUACGGCAAUUAUGUCUGUGAUUAUCUAUAUUAUGUACUACCUGUGUAAAUGUGCUAUUUCAAAUGAAAACAAUUAUUUUGUGUAUGUGUGUGUGUGUGUGUCAGAUUUGGUUUUUGUUGUCUUAGAUGAAUAAUACAUUUUAUAGUUACUACUUGGGUACUGAUUAAAACAAUCAAUUGAUCUUGUU